AGAAUUCUCCUGAUAGAGAAGAGGCUUGCUGGUGGAAGCUUGGGGCUGGUGUGUGACUAGGACUGUCUACACUAUGAACAGCUUCCAGGCUGCAGUCCUCCUCUGGACAGUGGUAGCAUGUGCUGAAAGAGAUAAGCUUCUGGGAGAGAAGAGUGAGGCUGGAUUUCAAAAGUGCAAGGAUGCCUUAAAUCUACCUGUCUUAGAAGUGCUGCCUGGAGGUGGCUGGGAUAAUCUUCGAAAUAUAGACAUGGGACGAGUGAUGGAGCUGACGUACGCCAACUGUAAGACCACAGAGGAUGGACAGUACAUCAUCCCUGAUGAAGUCUUCACCAUUGCCCAGAAGGAGAGCAACCUGGAUAUGAACUCAGAAAUCCUGGACUCCUGGGAUAACUACCAGAGCACCACCUCAUUUUCUAUCAACACAGAGCUUUCCCUUUUCUCCAAAGUCAAUGGAAAGUUCUCAGCUGAGUUCCAAAGGAUGAAGACGCUUCAAGUAAAGGACCAAGCUGUAACUACCAGGGUUCAAGUAAGAAAUGUAGUUUACACAGUGAAAAACAGCCCAAUCUCAGAAUUCAGCUUGGGGUUUAAGAAGGAGCUCAUGAACAUCUGUGAUCAUUUAGAGAAAAACCAGACAAAGAUGGCCACCUACCUGGCAGAACUCUUGGUCCUCAACUAUGGCACACAUGUGAUCACCAGCAUGGAUGCGGGAGCUGUGCUGGUUCAGGAGGAUCACAUAAGGUCCUCCUUCCUCCAGAACAAUGAUAACAGCCACAGCACUGUGACUGCCUCUGCUGGGGUUACCUUCUUGAAUAUCGUGAACUUUAAAUUUGAGACAAACUAUUCCUCCCAGAAUUCAUUGACCAAGAGCUAUCUUGAUAACCGAACCAACUCCAGGGUGCAGAGCAUUGGAGGGGUUCCAUUCUACCCAGGCAUCACCUUAGAAACCUGGCAGAAGGGCAUCACCAACCACCUGGUGGCAGUAGACCGUGCAGGCUUGCCCCUCCAUUUCUUCAUCAAGCCUGACAAUCUGCCUGGUUUGCCAGGCCCCAUGGUCAAGAAGCUGUCUAAGACAGUGGAGAGUGCUGUAAAACGCUAUUACUUCUUUAACACCCACCCAGGCUGCACAAAUGUCAACUCCCCCAACUACAAUUUUCAAGCCAAUACAGAUGAUGAUGGCUCAUGCGAUGGGAAAGUAACCAACUACACCUUUGGUGGAGUUUAUCAGGAGUGCAUUGAACUGUCAGGGAAUGCCCUCUGCCCAAACUUGGAGCAGAAGAACCCACUCACUGGUGCUUUCUCCUGCCCCUCUGGCUACUCCCCUGUCCAUUUGCUGUCUCAGAUCCAUGAGGAGGGUUACAAUCACCUGGAAUGUAAAAAGAAGUGUACCCUCAAAAUCUUCUGCAAAACAGUGUGUGAAGAUGUGUUCCGAGUGGCCAGGGCUGAAUUUAGGAGUUUCUGGUGUGCGGCCAGUGGUCAAGUACCUGAAAACUCGGGAUUUCUUUUUGGAGGACUUUUCAGUUCCAAGAACAUCAACCCCAUGACAAAUGCACAGUCGUGUCCCACCAGCUACAUUCCACUGAGCCUGUUUGAGAGUCUCAAGGUAUGUGUUUCUCUGGAUUAUGAUGUAGGGUACAAGUUUUCAGUCCCCUUCGGUGGGUUCUUCAGCUGCAAAGUGGGAAACCCCUUGGUGAAUUCUACCACAGCCAGGGACCUAGGAACACCAUCUUUGAAAAAGUGUCCUGGGGGCUUCAGCCAACAGCUAGCCCUCAUCAGUGAUGGAUGCCAAGUGUCCUACUGUGUGAAGGCUGGAAUCUUUACAAAAGGGUCCCUGCACCCUGUUAGGCUCCCACCUUACAGCCGACCACCCCUCAUGAGCCAGGUUGUCACCAACACUGUCAUAGUGACCAGUAGUGAGACGGCCAGAUCCUGGAUUAAGGACCCCCAGACCCACCAGUGGAAGCUGGGAGAGCCCCUGGAGCUGCGCAGAGCUAUGACAGUAAUCCACGGGGACAGCAGUGGUCUGUCAGGAGGGGAAGCUGCAGGAAUCACACUGGGGGUCACCACGGCACUGGCAGCUGUCAUUGCCCUGGCCAUCUAUGGUAACCAGAAGUACAGGAAGAAGGGGUACCAGGUAAUUGAGGAGACAGAGAGUUUGACUGAAAGCUCUGCAACAGAUGCAGCCACCCCUAAUGGACAGCAGGAUCCAAGCCCAGCUUAAUUCCCUCCAAAGAAAACAUUGCUGCCAUUUCCUGCCACAGCCUCAAGCUCCUUUCACUCCUCUGUUCUCUACUUCUGCUUUCCCAAGUACUGAAGUUACAAUUGCCACAAAAGCAGGUAUUAUUACGGUGUCAGGACAUCUCCUUUAGGUCUCCACACUAGGAAACUAAAGGAACUCUUUGAACCAGGUUGGCGAGGGGGGAGUAUGCUUCAUUCAGCAAAAGUCAUAGUGGGACUAAGCCAUAAUCCAUUCUCAGUCAUCUGCAUCUGAAUGCAUGUAUGUGAGAGAGGGAGGACACAUAGAGACUGGAUUUGAAAGCUGUGCAUUUAGUCUGAAUUUACAAGGGUUUCCAGCUUAUGAGUUGAAAGGGUUUGUGCCUUAAACAUCCCUUUAUCCUAUCUUGUUUUUUAAACUCUCAGGGUUUCAUGGUCCUGGAAGCAGACAUAAUUUUGAAAGGCCACAGAGAGUUCUACUUGGUCAGGGCUUUUUAGCACUGAGGUCUCCUGUUAUCUUCCCUGAGUCAUCUCAUAGGCAUGUGAAAGGAAAGACUGGGUUUAUUCAAAUUCUACUUGCUCCAAGUGCCCCGUAGUUAGGAUUUACUUAGUCCAGGCUAGGCUUGAACUUCUGAAUAGUGUUAAAAGCCCCUCAGAAAAUGUUGUCAUUUAUGAUUUCUUCUGAGGGGUCACAGAUGAAGGUAUGGUUGGGAAACAAGCAAUAAAUUAAGGAAGAUAAAAGCUCCAGAGGACUCUAGUGUUCUGGGAAUCUUCAAAUUCUUAGUGCUGUCUAAUAGAUUUCUUCCUCUGAGGUUAUAAAUGGGAAGUUGAAAGGAGCUAUGGUUUGGCUAGACCAAGUAUUGUGGCUUCAUGUUCAUGUUUCAAAAAUAUAACCCCUUCCUCUUCCAUGAAUAGCCCUUGUCCUUCCUAUGUUCCCAGCACAAGGCUGUGAGGACCCGUGUGCACGUGCACACACACACAUGCAUACAUUCCAACAAGCCAGUAUUUUCCUAGAAGAAAAAAAUGGAAGAAGUCAAAAUAGUUCCAUAUCUAAGUAUCAUUUCUUUUGUAAAUCAAGACCAUGUACGAGCAUCAUCUCCCAUCUCUUUAGUUUGGGGGCUGAUGUGAUAAAUGCCUUUAACUGGACUGAAAAAGACUUCCAGAACCACAUGUAACAUUUAUGUCAGUUCCGGGAUGACUUCCAUGGACUGUCUGGCAGGAUGCAUAAUUGAUACCUGGCAACAGUUAGUCUUACACAAUUUUAAUAUCUGAUUUAAUUGUAAAUUUCCUCAGAACAUCAAAAUGUCUCUACAGCUUUUUAGAAAUCAUGUAUCUAUUCCCCACAGCACAUGUCCCCAGUGAGUCAUCUUCUAUGAAGGAUGUGUUCUCUUCUUGUUAAUGUUUAGUGAAGGGCUUUUGCACAUAGUAGGUCCCUGAAGAGCUCCAAGUGUCUCUGUCUCUUGGAAUUCGAGAAGGAGAUUCACUCAUUCAUUCCCAGCUGAGAUAUGGAGGAGCGAAUAGUAGCAUUUGAACUCUGCCCUCCCAACAGCCCAUCCAAGGAGACUGAUUCUAGAAACUUUUCAACAAAUGUUUCCUCUUUGGCAUUAAAGUGUUCUUAAUCUCUGGGUGCUCUGUGUUCUGUAAAAAGCAAGCUAAUCACUGUUCUUCUAGUACUGACUUCCCUCUAUAAAUUCCCAUUGAAAUAAAAUUUCUUCACACACACGUAGUUUUACUAACAUGUGCCCGGCAGUAUUCCGUCCCAGUGUUCAUCUGUAUGAAAUCAGAAUGUGGGGUUUCCAGUUCACAUUCAAGUCACUUCGCAAAAUCAUGAGCCUCAUCCCAGAGUGGGGCUCCUGGAUUCUGCUGGAUUCUGACUUCCUAAGACUGGGGUCUGUGGGAAAACAAGGCUGGCUUCUGAGAAGGCCACACCCUGUGGGAUAUCAGAGAUGGAGACAGCUUUGUGACAAAGGAGGCCCUGUGUUUCCUUCUUACUGUGUUCUCGUCAGUGUUGGAAUGCUCAAAAAUAAACAUUUAUUUGAAGACAAAACUGCUUUCAAAUGAUUAA